GAAAGGGAGACGUAUUUGGGGACGUUUUCUGGAAAGAGGUGACUCUGGCUCAGUCCUGCGCCAAUGUGCGAGCUCUGACCUACUGCGACCUCCACGUUAUUAAACGCGACGCUCUGCAGAAGGUGCUGGAAUUCUACACGGCAUUUUCCAACCACUUCUCUCGAAACCUGCUGCUCACUUAUAACCUGCGUAAGAGGAUCGUUUUUCGAAAGAUCAGUGAUGUGAAACGGGAAGAGGAGGAGAGACGGAACCGUAAAAAUGAAGCCCCUCUGAAUUUGCCACCAGAUCACCCAGUACGAAAACUUUUCCAGCGCUUUCGACAGCAGAAGGAGGCCCGCAUGGUGACUGGGAAACCAGAAACAGAUGAACAAGACAUUGAGAAGGGUCCUCUCUAUGUGGACAUCCCCAAAAUUAAAUCAGCUAUUACAACUACCAGCAUUGUCACUGUAACAGAAAGCCCAGCUACACCUUCAUCUUCAACUCCUCAAUCGCCAUCACCUCUCAACUGUACGGUUGCAGACAAGGCAAAACUGCAAGUGCCAUCGUCCAUUUCUUUGGUUGGUGGCCGCUCUGCUGAACCACCCAAACUGAAAGGCUGGGGUCGCUUUAAGGAGUCGAUGGCCAAAGCUGACAACUGGAACACAGUGUCUAAAGCUGAAUCCAUGGAGACUUUACCUGAACGAACCAAGGUGCAAGAAUCCCCAAUCUCUUUAAAAAAGACGGACUCAUGUGACAGCGGCAUUACCAAAAGUGAGUUACGCCUGGACAAAGUGGGUGACUUCCGCUUGACGCCUCAGGACCGCAGUCCUGCCCAGCCUCCAGAAAUGAGGCAUUUCUUCUACCCCAUCCCGGAGCAAACACUUCAGGCUUCACUGCAGGAGCUCAAGCUAGAGCUAAAGGAUGACCUUAAGAACCUAAAUGUUCGAAUGUCAGGCCUAGAGAUGCAACUCACAGAAGUGCUAAAACUCCUGAAAGCCAGCCAUUCAAGCUCUAGCUCUCCACAGCAUCUUUUUGACAUUUCUAGACCUGCUUCACCAGAAGUGGACAAAGAGGAUAUCUUCUCUUGAAGAAUGAAAGAGUCAUCCGGCAACAGUUGACCUUAAAUUCAGCUGAAUCCAGUAAUAUACAGAUUACUCGGAUAGCUGAGACCACACUGGGUAUACCAUUUAGAUUAGGCAGCAGUGUAGUAAGAUGCACCAGCCUUCAUCCUAGGGUGUACCUACCUGGUAGCAAGGUAACGUCGUGCUGACAAGUUGAGGUCGUAACCUAGAUUUUUGUAUCUUGGAAUCUAAUAUCUGAAGGUUACACAAAAACUGACAGCUCUCUGUUUGUACAUACGUUUGAUUUAUCUUUCCGCUGCACUAUGAUGGAAAAAUACUUUGAGGGGUGGCAUUUUAUGAAAAGUCUGUUCAGAUUUUGGGGGAGGUAGGAGAAGGAGGUAUCUCCAUUGGAAGGUUCCAAUGGAAGCAGCAUGACCCACUGGUUUGUUAGCAUUUGUAAGAGAUUCUUUGCAUGUCACAUAAAGUAGACGUCUGCCUCAAAUAGCAGUUGGCGCAUAUUUGAUUAAUUGAGGCCGCACGCCGAUCCAUUUGCAUUAUUUCACAUUGACAGGGAAAGAGGACAGUUUUUGCAGAUGCUGAAUCAAUCUUAAUGUAAUUUCCUCAAACAGUUAUGUAAUUAUAUCAGAUGCCAGAAUCAUUAUGAAUUAAACAACAGAUAACUCUGCCCGACCAAUCUGAUUUUCAAAAACAUGUUUGAGCGCAGAUCCUAAUUUCAAUAAACCACAAAUAGAUGUGCUUCAUGGAAAAUUGAAUGAAAUGCUAACUAGUGAGGCAGCAAAUGGCAAGUUAUCCCUCUUUCCUGAUAUCUAGGUUUACUAUGUUACAGCUUUGGUGAUACAUACAGUAAUUUUAUAGGUACUGACUGUGGCCAAAACCCUUACAAAUAUAGAAAGUAAUGGCGAUUUGCACAAUAUUUGUAAACUAAAAUUUGUGUACAAUAAAACAGGCUGUUAGAAAGUGGACUGAGAUCACCAGACCAUUUUUGACUUUAAUGGUCCCUUAAGUAUAUUUUUACAUUUUAAUCCUGUUAACAUGCAUGAUUUAAC